AUGGCAGCUUUUCGAACGUUACGCCCUACGGCUCUGCCGACGGGCAUCCGCAAAAUCCUCAGCUCUCCUCGCAUCAUGUCCUACUCGACCCCUGUCUCAUCACAACCGUCCACGCCGCCUCCGCCAAAGUCAUCCGUUUCCGAAACCGAAAUGUCGCACUUUUCUGCCCUCGCCUCGUCAUGGUGGGAUCCUGAAGGUCCCUCGCGCAUUCUGCACGAGAUGAACCCUCUUCGUCACGUCUUUAUUCAACGCUGCCAAUCGCUAUACCCAAGAGACAUGACAAAAACGCCUCAGAAGCGGCGCUACCUCGAUGUCGGCUGUGGUGGCGGCAUCUUCGCUGAGUCAGCAGCGAGGCUAGUUGAUACAGAGUCGGUGACGGCCAUCGAUCCGACAAAAGAGGUUUUGGCCGUGGCGAAGAAGCAUCAAAAGAGCGAUCCUCUGCUGUGCGAACCGGGAAGAUUGACCUACAUCAACACUGCUAUCGAGAACUUGCCACCACCGGCCACGCCAGAGCACGGUGUGGAUGUCUUGUCGGUGUUUGAGGUCAUUGAGCAUGUCACACACCCUGCUCCCUUCCUCGCUAACUGCAUGCCUCACGUCAAGCCUGGCGGUUGGUUGGUCCUCAGCACCAUCAGCAGGACUUGGGCAAGUUGGUUCACCACAAAGCUCGUGGCCGAGGAUAUCAUGCGCAUUGUCCCGCCAGGCACGCACGACUGGCACCAGUACAUCAACGUCGACGAGAUGAAGGCUUGGGCAGCCAAGCAACCAGGCUGGAGCAAUCCCAUGACCAUGGGUGUUGUUUAUAUCCCUGGCUUUGGUUGGAAGGAGAUUCAGGGCAGUGAGGGCUGGGGCAAUUACUUCUUUGCUAUCCGAAAGAACGCUUGA